AUGCACAAUGUUGUUGUCAGGCUUGUCACUGACAGUUUGGUUAUGUUUUGGUUUUUCCUCUGUGUGUUUUAUUUCCUGUCAGCGCUCUUAUUUUUAUUCAGUUUCCUGCUUGUCUCCCUGAGCGCUGUUUCCCCUCAGCUGCGGCUGAUUGGCACCUGGGCACACCUGGUGUCAAUCAGCCGGCUGCUAUUUAUACUUGCCUCGCCCUCCAGUCAGGGCUGGAGUAUUCUGUCAGGAAGUGGGGGUAACAAACCUCAAGAUGCAGAGAUGGCAGGCUUGAUACAGGAAGACAUGAUUUUUAAUGUCCAAAAAAUGCAGAAAAAACAGGAACCAGGAAACAGUGAACAGGAACCAGCAAACAGGAAAAAAGAACACUGGAGACAGCAAACAGUCCACAGCAUAGGCACCAGUCUACUUCAAGAGGUUGUGUAUCUCGUGAGUCAAGGAGCAGACCCAAAUGAGAUUGGCCUUAUGAACAUUGAUGAACAGUUGCCUGUCUUAGAGUACCCUCAACCAGGCCUGGACAUCAUAAAGGAGCUUAUGUCCCCCCGCCUGAUCAAAAGUCAUCUUCCCUACCGAUUCCUUCCCUCAGGAAUACACAAUGGAGAGGCAAAGGUAAUAUACAUGGCUCGUAACCCAAAAGACUUGGUAGUAUCCUACUACCAGUUCCACCGAUCUCUUAGGACCAUGAGCUACCGAGGAACCUUCCAAGAGUUCUGCCAGCGUUUCAUGAAUGAAAAGUUGGGAUAUGGUUCCUGGUUUGAACAUGUUUUAGAAUUUUGGGAACAUCGUAUGGACUCUAAUGUCCUCUUCUUGAAAUAUGAAGACAUGUACAAGGAUCUUGGGGCUUUGGUGGAGCAGCUAGCAUGGUUCCUGGGUGUGUCAUGUGACAAGGCUCAGCACGAGGCCCUGGUGGAGAGCUGCAACCAGCUUAUUGAGCAGUGUUGCAGUUCGGAGGUGCAGUCAGUUGGUAGGGGUCAUGUGGGUCUGUGGAAGGACGUCUUCACUGUGUCAAUGAAUGAAAAGUUUGAUGCGGUGUACAGACAGAAGAUGGGAAAUUCCAACCUGAACUUUCAUUUCGGCCUGGGAGAAAGAACUGAUUUUCACCCGGCAACUGAUUAACUUCACAAUCCAAUCCAAACAACUGCUCACUUAACUCCCAGUGCAUGAGCCUUACACGUUAAGUACGUGUCAUGACAUGAAUUUACAUGUUAUUCAAGUAUCCCUCAUAAGUCUAUUGUAACACUCCAAUUGGUUUUAAACACACCUGUGAAAUGUUUUACAAUUGUACAUGAGUUAAUGUACAAUCACACCAUACCAUACCAUACCAACUUUAUUUAUAAAGCCCUUUAAAAACAAACACAGUUAUGGAUAAAAAGAACAAACAAAACAAGUCACAAUUUAGAUUUAAAAAACAUUUUUUUACUUAAGAUUUAACAGCAUGUCCACAUUAGAUAUGGCAUUUCAGGUUCUCCUGUUUGUCUCCUUUGAAGUCCAGGAAUUGUUUUUCAAUAUUUUUUUGCUGAUUGGUUGUUAUGAUGUAAGUCUUGUAGUGGAUCCAGGAAUUUGUAAUGACAACAUGAAAUAAAUCACACACAAUCUUGCUUCAGUUUGCCAUGUGAUAGAAGCUCAGCAUGCGAUCACAGAGGUCCACACCGCUUAUGUUGUCAUUUGACUUCCUUAUGACAGCGUGUCUUCUCACAUGGACCUGGACUUGGUCUGCCUUUGACCAUCUACAGGAUCUCUUCCAUGUACAAAACCCAAAACCAGUGAAGUUGGCACGUUGUGUAAUUCGUAAAUAAAAACAGAAUACAAUGAUUUGCAAAUCAUUUUGAACUUAUAAUCAAUUGAAUACACUGCAAAGACAAGAUAAUGAAUGUUCGAACUGAGAAACUAUUUUUUUUUUUUGCAAAUAAUCUUUAACUUACAAUUUAAUGGCAGCCACACAGUGCAAAAAAGUUGGUACAGAGGCAUGUUUAGCACUGUGUUACAUGGCCUUUCCUUUUAACAACACUCAGUAAACAUUUGGGAACUGAGGAGACCAAUUUUUGAAACUUUUCAGGUGGAAUUCUUUCCCAUUCUUGCUUGAUGUACAGCUUAAGUUGUUCAACAGUCCUGGGUCUCCGUUGUGGUAUUUUAGGUUACAUAUUGUGCCACACAUUUUCAAUGGGAGACAGGUCUGGACUACAGGCAGGCCAGUCUAGUACCCGCACUCUUUUACUAGGGCGGUAUAGCUCGGUUGGUAGAGUGGCCAUGCCAGUAACUUGAGGGUUCCAGGUUCGAUCCCCAUUCCGCCAUCCUAGUCACUGUCGUUGUGUCCUUGGGCAAGACACUUUACCCACCUGCUCCCAGUGCCACCCACACUGCUUUAAAUGUAACUUAGAUAUUGGGUUUUCACUAUGUAAAGCGCUUUGAGUCACUAGAGAAAAGUGCUAUAUAAAUAUAAUUCACUUCACUUCACUUACUAUGAAGCCACGCUGUUGUAACACGUGGCUUGGCAUUGUCUUGCUGAAAUAAGCAGGGGCGUCCAUGAUAACGUUGCAACAUACUGUAUGUUGCUCCAAAACUUGUAUGUACCUUUCAGCAUUAAUGGUGCCUUCCCAGAUGUGAAAGUUACCCAUGUCUUGGGCACUAAUACACCCCCAUACCAUCACAGAUGCUGGCUUUUCAACUUUGCGCCUAUAACAAUCCGGAUGGUUCUUUUCCUCUUUGUUCCGGAGGAGACAACGUCCACAGUUUCCAAAAACAAUUUGAAAUGUGUACUCGUCAGACCACAGAACACUUUUCUACUUUGCGUCAGUCCAUCUUAGACGAGCUCGAGCCCAGCGAAGACGGCGGCGUUUCUGGGUGUUGUUGAUAAAUGGCUUAGGCUUUGCACAGUACAGUUUUAACUUGCACUUACAGAUGUAGCGACAAACUGUAGUUACUGACAGUGGUUUUCUGAAGUGUUCCUGAGCCCAUGUGGUGAUAUCCUUUACACACUGAUGUCACUAUUGGAUGUAGUACCACCUGAGGGAUCGAAGGUCUCAGGCAUUGCCGCUUACGUGCAGUUUUUUCUCCAGAUUCUCUGAACCUUUUGAUAUUGCGGACCGUAGAUGGUGAAAUCCCUAGAUUCCUUGCAAUAGCUCAUUGAGAAAUGUUCUUAAACUGUUUGACAAUUUGCUCACGCAUUUAUUCACAAAGUGUGGACCCUCGCCCCAUCCUUGUUUGUGAAUGACUGAGCAUUUCAUAGAAGCUGCUUUUAUACCCAAUCAUGGCACCCACCUGUUCCCAAUUAGCCUGUUCACCUGUGGGAUGUUCCAAAUAAGUUUUUGAUGAGCAUUCCUCAACUUUCUCAGUCUUUUUUGCCACCUGUGCCAGCUUUUUUUAAACAUGUUGCAGGCGUCAAAUUACAAAUGAGCAGAGGUGGGUAGUAACGCGCUACAUUUACUCCGAAACAUCUAGUUGAGUAACUUUUGGGAUAAAUUGUACUUCUAAGAGUAGUUUUAAUGCAACAUACUUUUACUUUUACUUGAGUAUAUUUAUAGAGAAGAAACGCUACUUUUACUCCGCUCCAUUUAUCUACAUUCAGCUCGCUACUGAUUUUUAUCGAUCUCUUAAUGCACACUUUGUUUGUUUUGGUUUCACCAUUCAAAUACAGUCACUGGUGACGUUUGACUCCGUUUCACCAAUCAAACAGAGCAAGGCGGUCACGUGAUUAUCUGCACAUAAAGUUUAAGCGGCAACAAGCUUAAGCUUACAUGAACUCAACGUGAAAUUUGAGGAAGCACAUCGCGUUAAGUAACGGUAGUAGAUAUUUUGGCUGUCACCGUAGGCUGACGUUAGCUUCCCUGCUAUGAUUCACUGUCAAAUGUACAUUGUGGGGACAUUUAUUAACACACUGCAGCCUCAUAGAGAGACAAAGACACACACACACGCACACACACACACGCAUGCAUAGAAACACCAAUCAGAAGUGCACAGUGUGUUCCCAGGUGCAGCCCACACCCUACACUUUAUGGUUUGCGUAAAGGCUAACUUUUUAUUUUCCUUUGUAAUCUCUGCCUACUGAGCCUAUGGUGCUGUUAAGUUAUUGUGGCUCAAUUUGCCUUAACAUUUUUUUUGUUGAUGUAUUAUUAUUUUAAUAUAUAUUAUUGUUUUAGUUGCUUAAGAGAUAUUCCUGGCUCUGAAUUUGCUCAUUGCUAUUUUUAUGUUUUUGUGCAUUAUUUGUUGCCGUCAUCAUUAAACGAACAGGUUACUCAGUACUUGAGUAGUUUUUUCACAACAUACUUCUUACUUUUAGUCAAGUAAAUAUUUGGGUGACUACUCCUUACUUUGACUUGAGUAAUACAUCUCUAAAGUAACAGUACUCUUACUUGAGUACAAUUUCUGGCUACUCUACCCACCACUGCAAAUGAGCUAAUAUUUGCAAAAAUAAAAGUUUUCCAGUUCGAAUGUUAAGUAUCUUGUCUUUGUAGUCUAUUCAAUUGAAUAUAGGUUGAAAAAGAUUUGCAAAUCAUUGUAUUCUGUUUUUAUUUAUGAUUUACACAUCGUGCCAACUUCACUGGUUUUGGGUUUUGUACAAUAGAAGCCAUCCUCACUGGCUUGCUGUUGAACCUAUUUGUGAUCAUCAACGCAAGACCUGUAACUACAAUCAAUGACGCUCUUAUCCUUCUUUCGUUAAUUGUCAUCAGGCAACUGACAUCGCUUUGGGAGAAGGUUUUUUUGUUGUGGUUCCAGCUGCUGGAAGUCCCUUAGCUAGUAAUUCUGGGAACAGUUUCAACCACGCGUAGUACUGCUGCUGCCCCAAGUCCCAAGCUGUGAUCUGCAAAAGUAUCCUUCCCUUGAUAAACUUUAAAGUCCUGCACCAAACUACCUGGACUAUAUAGAUUUCCUGACACAAAACGUCUGACGGGACAUCGGCCUACGAAAGGGAUCCUUUGCUCAGCUAUGCAUGCUUUUCCUGGUAUUGGCAGGCUUAGGCAAUCUUGCCGAGCAUUUUACUUUUGCAGCUGUAUGUAAAAAUGUUUCCACUGAAGUGGUAGUUAUGUGUUCUUUUCAGUCCUUUUGUUUUCUUUAAUGUUUCCCUCUUGUUUCCAUGGGGAUUUUUUACCUUAUUUUUUGUGGACUGUUUAUAUCUACACAGCAACCACAUCAUUCUCUAUUGUGGGAUAAUAAAGUCUAUCUUAUCUUAUCCUUACUCUGCCCAGAAAAAGUCUGACUUUCCAAAGAGUUUCUCUCUUUUUCUCUCUGUUACAUCCAUGUCAUGGACAGUUUUUAGUGACUUCUAGUCUGCUUGUCAUUUUGUUUUGCUGGGCCAAAACUUCUCGUAAGGCGAAUUGCAGAGUAUGUGCCAAAGAAGAGCCUCAUUUGUUCAGCGGUGGUUCUCAGACGCCCCCCAUCUAUUGCUCUGUCUCAUUUGUUAACGCUUGCUUGUGAAUGCAUCAAAGACUUUGUUCAAGUAUUCCAUAGGACUUCAGUUUUUACAAAUCUUGACAGUUGGUUUAGGCCUGGAUAAUAUUGGUUGAAAUCUAUAAUGGGAGGAAACAACUGCAAACUGUCAAUGUGGUGAUGAACAGUAUUUUACUAUUGAUCAUCUUUAAAGAUGGCAUACACCAUUUUGGAAGAGUCCUGUGAGAAAAAGGCCUGGAAAAAAACGUUAAAUAUUAUGUGAUAUUAUUGAUGAUGAAUACAUAAGAAGUUUGUUUUUUUCCAAAGCCUGAUGUUUUCCGAUUCUAGAAUAAGCCAUGUAACUUGAAAAUAUUGUUUACACAAUUGUUUGUACUGAACAUUCUGAAACCUGCACAUUUUUGUUGUUCAUUAAAAAUGUUGUUGCAAGGGAUAGGAAACACAUGCUGUUCCUUAAUGUAACUUAUGUCUGAAACAAAUAAAUCAUUACAAUGACUCUGCUGGGAGAAUCGUAUGUCUGCAACAACACUGAAGACUGGGAGUGGUCCUGCUGCUGUGUGUGUUUUUGCUAAUUCUGACCCUUUUUUCAUUGACUAAAUGUGUAAAUAAAUGUAUGAAUACAGAUCGCUGGUGUGAUAUUCCUCAACCUGAUACCGACCAAGUCUGCUACACGUAAACACAAACUUUACAUUUGUGAUCAGUUGCUGACGUCAUAGCACAGAGCGAAGGAUGAUAAAGUUAAGGGGUAAGUUAAGUUAAGGGUAAUGCCAAAUGGGUCAUCGCUACUGAGCAUGCACGCUAAAGGUUUCCUCGAACAAAAUAACCAUAGCAGUUAAGGUCAAACACGUUGGUAUGUUGUGGUUAUUUUUAGCAUUAUUUUACAUACCAGGAAAUAAACCAAAACCAAAACGGUAUAAACCUUGAAUAACCUAAAGUGCAUGGCUGGUUGUUUGUCUAGAGGCAACUUUAUGGUGACAGAAUGAAUGUCAACAAGUAUUUUGACAUGCUCAUAUAUGCAUAAUAAUAAUAAAAAAAACUG